AUUAUCAAUCAUCGAAUUUCAUCGGGAUCGACCAUUUAAAAUUAUUCCCAGAUUCUAAACCAAAUAAUGUCGAAUUUAUGACUCACAAAUGCCAUUCAAGUUUACCAUUUGAAGACGAUACUUUUGAUUUUAUACAUUUUAGAUUUCGAACUAUCUGUUACACAAUCGAACGAUGGGAAAAUUUUGUAAUAAAAGAAUUGGUAAGAAUAUUAAAACCAGGUGGAUACUUGGAAAUUUACGAUGCCGAAAUUAAUUGUAAUAACAUGUCACCACUUCAUUCAGAAUUUUAUUCGCGUAAUUUGGAUCCAUUAAUGAUAAGAAACUUGGGAAAUAUUAUGGCUUCUUCCAAACUUCUUGAAGAUAUUCAUCAUGAACAUAAAACAAUACCAGUUGGUGAAUGGGAUGGUGUAAUAGGUGAAUUAACGGCUCCGUUUAUAAUACAAACGUUUGCAAAAUUUAAAAAUAAAAUAUCAAGAUCAAUGAAAUUGAAUAGUGAUGAAGCUUUUGAGAAAACAAUGAACGGAUUAAAUCAAGAAUUCAAUCUUUAUAAAACCUAUUGCACGCAUCAUGCAUUUUUUGGGCGAAAAAUCCAACUUAAUUGA